AAUGAGCUCUGCUAAAUGGGUUGCCGAUUACACCAAAUGUUUACAAAUUUUGACUCCCUUUCUCUUCUCUGCCAGGAACUGAGCCAAAACAAAAUAAAGCACCUUUUGCAUGAGUUAAAACAAGGAAUAAAUACCCCAUUUUUCCUCCCCUGUCCUAUCCAUUAAUUAGAAAUUUGGGGGUCUUUUUAUUAGAACUUAGAAAGAUAAGAUCUUGGGGUAUAGUUGGAAUCAGGAUCAUGGAUUUGGAAUUCUUGCAAUCUAUGGAUAUUCAGAUUCUUGUUGGUGUAGCUGUAGCUGCUUUAGCCAUUGUUGUUGGUGCUGUUUAUCUGUUUGCCUCUACGAAAUCCAAAGGCUGUCUAGAUCCAGAGAAUUUCAAAGAGUUUAAACUUGUGAAGCGCCAACAGCUGAGCCAUAAUGUGGCGAAGUUCACAUUUGAACUUCCUACACCUACUUCAGCUUUGGGUCUUCCCAUUGGACAGCAUAUAAGUUGCAGGGGCAAGGAUAGCCAAGGUGAAGAGGUUAUUAAACCAUAUACACCUACAACAUUGGAUUCUGAUGUUGGUUAUUUCGAAUUAGUUAUUAAGAUGUAUCCUCAAGGGAGAAUGUCGCACCAUUUCAGAGAGCUGCGCGUUGGUGAUUAUCUUGCUGUGAAGGGACCCAAGGGGCGGUUCAGGUAUCAACCCGGUGAAGUUAGAGCAUUUGGGAUGAUUGCUGGAGGCUCUGGCAUUACACCAAUGUUCCAAGUAGCCAGAGCUAUAUUGGAGAACCCGAAAGACACGACAAAUGUACACCUUAUCUAUGCAAACGUCACAUACGAGGACAUUCUUUUGAAGGAAGAGCUGGAUAGCCUUGCCGCUAAGUAUCCCGGUCGCUUCAAAGUCUACUAUGUUCUGAACCAGCCUCCUGAAGUGUGGGAUGGUGGUGUCGGCUUUGUAUCGAAGGAAAUGAUUCAAACCCAUUGCCCUGCACCAGCACCGGAUAUCCGGGUUUUGAGGUGUGGCCCUCCACCCAUGAACAAGGCCAUGACUGGACACCUUGAUGCACUCGGAUAUUCACCUGAUAUGCAGUUCCAGUUCUGAUCCUUGUAGACUAAGCCUAAGCUCGACUUCGAAUGUCAUUUGUUGGGUGCCCUUCUGUUUUCUAUCACCAUGUACUGAAAAUAAUGUAGACUUGUGAACAUACUCAGGUCGGUAAUUUACACCCCAUAAUUACAGCCAAAUUCAAAUAAUAAACCUUUACUGCUUUACGUCCAUAA